AUGUCUCAGAUCAGGCAACUAGGCGCUGAAUACAUUGUGCCUAGCACCCCGCAAUCAAACGCUUCCCUAGACUCGACUUGCAGCCGUGGUAUCAAGUCCAUACUUCCCCCAAGCUACUCUCCAACCAUUGACAUUCUCCCACCUGUCAACAAUCCAGCAACCAUGACCACUGCGGCUCUAAAAUACUCGAAUCACGAGUCUACCAGCACCAGUAGUGAUAGCAGCAGUAGCAGUACCAGCAGCACUGAUACAUCAGCAUCCGCACGUUCGUCAACCAGCAACGCGUCCCAUGCAUCAUCGCUGUCAGCAUCGAGACCAAAACCAACACGACACUCCAAUCCGACAGUCUCAAACUCGUCAGCAUCCAAACUCAACGCGAGAUCUUCGCCGCCAACGGUGCGUUUUACGGAGCCUGAGCCUCUGCCAAGAUGUCGAACACGGUCAACACCCAUGUCCCUGAUCCGGCCACAGCCGGCUCAUUCAAGGUAUACAGUUCCGAGUCCGCUGCUCGCGUUGCAGUAUCAGAAUCUGAGGGUGCCGGAAAUGUCGAGUCCAGCGUUGAGCCUGCAAAAGGCGAGGGAGGAAAAGAUAUCGCGUGCUACGCCUCGUCCACAGAGUAUCCUCAUUACACGACCCAGACGGCUGUCCACACAGACUGUAAACACACGGACCAGCACCUCGACACUCCAUCCAUCAUCCACCAUGCCCUCAUCACGAUCAAGUCCAAACACGGAAUCAAGAACAUCCAAGGCCCCCCUCCCCAAUCGCGCUUCCGUCCCCAAUCUUAACCCCUCCCUCGCCCAUGGCUCCCGCGUGCACUCUUACACCUCCACACACUCUACCCAAUCCGCCCCAGCCAUCCUCUCCACGCCUCCCAAUCCCGCAAUCCCCCAAGGCCAAUAUGACCCCCUCCAACACUACAUCCCCUGCCUCUGGCCCGCGUGCUCAAAACACUACACCGCCGCCCACGCAGGCUCCAUGUACUACGUCCCACAGGGCCCCUUCUCACUCACCCGCCUACACGGCUACUGCCCCCGCCACGCCACCCAGGAACUCGCAGAAGCCAGCGCGCUCUGCAAGCGUGAGUGGGAGUUUCUCCGCCAGUCAGCAGGCCGCAAGACGUUGCCGCAGAUUGCAGCCGAGUUCGAGGCCUUUAUGAAGCAGUUCCGGAGUGCGCGCGCGGCGGACGAUGCGCAACUAUUGCAGGAGUUGAGGAGUCGCGUGGUAGGCGGUACGACGACGGCGACGACGACGACGGCGAAGGUCCAAUCACCCACAGCAGGGGAGAAAGCAAAUACCGCCAAGACCCGACCAAAAGUUCAAUUCGAUAUCUGGGACUGGCGCUACACGCCGCAUCGCUGCACGGCUGUAAAUUGUAAAGCAAACCCUUAUUCCCCUUACGCGAGCCACCUAUAUAUAUUUUACCAUUCCCCUCGCCCCUCUACUUUCAAACCGCUGCAUACACUGUGCCCGCGCUGUGCGAACCGGGAAGUCGAAGAUUUUGAGCGCAGGGUCAGUGAGAAGUGGAGUAGUAGGUGUGAUGGGUGGAAUGAGCAAGAAUGGGACGAGUGGUUGGGUAAUGUGGUGCGGGAUCGGGAAAUGGAUGCGGAGUUUACGGAAAAGGCGCAGGAAAAGAUGAUCAAAGACAAGGGAACAACGAGGAGAGUGGAGACAAUGGAGCAAGGAAAAAGGCCCGAGAAGGCUGCCGAGAAGGCGAGCGGACAGAUAAGCGAGAAGGUGGGAGAGAAGGCGAGCGAGAGAGUAGCCGAGAAGGUAGGCGGUGUUGGCGUCAAGGGGAAGAGAAUGUCCAUUUUUAAAAGGUUGAUUCAUUCAAGGAAAUGGAAUGCAAAGUUCAAUGGGUGGAUAAUCAUAAUACCAAGCGGUUGA